AUGAAAUUUAUUAAAUCUUUAAUUUUAAUAAUAUUUUUUAUUGGUAUUGUUUUAUCACAAUCAUUCCCAUGUCCAUUCUAUAGAUCAUUAUCAUUAAGCUCGCCAGUCUUAAGUGGAGGUGAUAUCUAUAUCCUUCAAAACCUUUUAACCAGAACCAAAGGUUUAGAAAAUUUAUCAUUAUCAUCAAACUUUGAUUCAGAUACUGAAAUGGCUCUUGGUAAAUUCCAAUCAUUAAACAAUCUUAAAUCAACAGGUGUUUUAGAUGUAGAAACAGCAAAUUUAUUAUUAGAAUUAAACUCUGCAGAUGGUUAUAAAGAUAAUGGUCAAAUUCCACCAGGAUUUUUAUAUAAAGUCCAUAUCCCAGUAUACAAGAAUAGAUCUAUUGAAACCACUGCAACUCUUUAUGAUGCUGAUUUAAAUGUUUUAUUACAAUUCACUGUUAGAACCCAUGGUCAAAAUAAUAAUGCUACAGGUUUAGCACAAAAUGAGUUUUGUAAUUCAGGUAAUACCCCAACAGGUUUAAUGACCUUUGAUUUAAAUUCACCAGAACCAGAUCCAACUGAUUUCGGUCCAUAUCCAAUUAAUCGUGCUGUUCAAGGUAUUGCUGGUAAUGCUUUUAUCAUUAUUAGCAAUAUUAGAGAUGGUAUUCUUAUGCAUACUGGUGAAUGGCCAGAUUGGAACCCAACUUUACCAAUGCCAAACUCACACGGUUGUGUUCAUGGUCAUCCAACUGAUAUUGAUGCUGUUCAAACCAUCCUUACUGAAAAAUUAGGUAUUCAAAUUAGAAAUAAUACUUUUACUGCCGUACCAUAUCUCCAUCAACCACAAGGUAUACUUUCAAUUGAAUUAAUUGAAUAA